AUGACUAAGAAUAGAAUUAAUAAUAAAUCUGAGAAAGGAAGUAUUCAAGGUGAGAAGACCCCAAGCAUAUCUUAUUUCACAUUGUUCAGAUUUACUACGAAAUGGGACAUUCUCUUAAUAACAUUGGCGCUUCUAGCUACUUUUAUAUCUGGGACCUCUUUACCCUAUUCCAUUACUUUGGUGUCAAAUGGAUUUCACUCCAUGAUUAACUACGCCAAAUCGAAUAAAACUGUUGAAACGAAUGAGAACUUUCUACGAGAGAUGCAUCAUUUUGUUUAUAAAUAUGCUUGUGUUGGCAUCAUUCUUUUAUCUGGAGGCUAUUUGGGCACAGCCCUUAUGAAUAUAGCUGCUAUUAAUCAGGUGUUAAAAAUUCGAUGUGAAUACUUAACGGCUGCCUUGAACCAGGACUUCGCUUAUUACGACUUGCAUCGCACUGGUGACUUCGCAUCGAAGAUGGCAGAUGACGUCAUCAAACUGGAGCAAGGAAUAGGCGACAAGUUAUCGUCGUUGAUGUACAGCUCAGCCGUGGCUAUAGGUUGCGUUAUCAUGUCCUUGGUAAAAGGCUGGAAGCUUGCUCUGCUGUGCCUCAUUCCUACACCAAUUACGUUUUUUCUUGUUGGUCUAACGGGUUGGAUAGCAAAUAACUUAUACAAAAAGCAGUCGAAGGCCAAAAGCGAAGCGAGCGUGGUAGCUGAAGAAGCGAUCAGCUCGAUAAGGACGGUAUAUGCUUUCAAUGGGCAAGAGAAAGAGAUAGCCAGGUAUAGCAAACAUUUGGUCCAAGCAAGGGCUAUACACAUUAAGAAAGAAUUUUUUACCGGCUUAUCUAUGGGAAUUCUAUACUUCUGCAUAUUUGGAUCACACGCUUUGUCCUUCUACUUUGGAAUAUAUCUCGUUAUAGAAGAACCAGCUAACUACAACGCAGACGUCAUGUUUUCUGUGAGCCUCAAUGUUACAGCAAUUUAA